UAGUUUUAAGGCGGGUAUAUUACACAAAGCCGCUGUUGUACUGCAGUAGAAACAAUAUGUGGAAGACUAUAAUAGCAGCUGUUUGUUAUAAAAUACUUAUCAUCAUCAUCAUCAUCAUGCUGUAACCGAGGGCUGCAGCAUCAAGUGAAAAUUGAUGUAAUUUAACGGUAUUAGUAAAAAUAGAAACCGAUUAAUUAUUAAAAAAGUCAGUAGUCCUCAUGCACAACCCCUUUUAGCCAUUCGAUGUAGACGUCACACAUAUAUGUGACUUGGACCAUGCUCUCAAGUGUCCUCAGUACGGUGACCUUAAUGCAGUGACCUCAACAGAGUGUGUUUAAAGGAGUGUAAGCAUUCGUGACUCGACACAGUCUUUACAGAACUGAAAUUAUUGCUGUUAUCAUAUAAGGACCCAACAUAAGGAUCCUAGUAUCAUAUUACUUUUACGAAUGUGACUUGAAAAAUCAUUGGCCGUGUCAUGUCGCACAUACAUAUACGCAUUCUAAGUUCGAAUUCAGAAUAAGGCUGGACUUAGUCCUUGCCGUACAUUUGACGGACACAGGCACGGUUAUACUGCAGUAGAAACAAUAUGUGGAUUGCUGUAAUAGCAGGUGCUUGUAUCAUACUUAUCAUCACUUUACUGUUUUUACUGAGGGCUACAACCAACGGGACCUCGCUUCCUUUAUUCAGGGGACUCAGGAUGAGACGCUGGGUGGAACCCCGUGACACUGUGACAUGUCAAAGAAUCGUAGAUGACAUGAGGCGUGUGUGUGUAGAGUCAGUGGGUUCAGUCCCCACACACCCCAUGUUACACGGAGAUAUGGAGGCCUUGGGGAAGAGGAUUGUUAUGAUUAUCUAUCACCACCACAAACCAGUUAUGUUUAAUGCUAUUUUGAAGGUUGACGGCAUUGUUGGGUACGAAGUUCCUAUUUUCCACGUUGGUUUGGUGAUGGUCGUAAACCAGAUGAAACGCAAAGGUCUUCAGAAAAUCACUAUACUCAACGUUUUGUUACUUUUUCUCAACUAUCGCAUUACUACAUUUGACCUCACGGAUGCUGGUCGCUCUGCUAGUGGUCUCCGCCUAGCUAACGACUAUCUGGACAACCCAUACCCUAACUACAGGAAACCUGAUUUGACGCCAAGUUCAGAGCAGGUGCUCGUUGCCAAGCACGUGAUCCUCAAGCACAAACCAGACUUAGGUGUUGGCCCGGCUAUAAGUCUUAAUGUCAAAUCUUUCGAGUUGGAAAAUGCUCUGACAGAGGAAGAGGGCUCGGCACAAUCGGUUUAUACAAUAAAGGACGGCAGGAGUAAAAAUGAUGAAAUCAACACAUUUUUAAUGGCACGUGUUGGUGACAGGCAAUUUGUCGGGUUGUUCUGCACGGGAAAAGCUAAGCUUACCAGCUUAAUCCUCUCAGUGGGAGCAAGGUUUAUUAAAAGGGAGAGGAUAUGAGUUUUAUGAACAAAGAAAAUAUUGGUUUGAAGUGGCAGGUUUUUAUUAACUCGGUUUUGGGUCAUUUUAAUUUCUUUAAUUAAAAUGCAUUAUUCGUAUUGGUGACAUAUGAUUAUUGAUAACGUAGAUUAAUAACCUUUUACUGUAUUUUUUAUUGCUAAAUAACAACAAUAUUUUUUUAAUAUUAUUAAAAUUAUGU